CGGACGGCCACGCUCGCACGCGCCAACAAGGAUCAGCUCCACGCUUGCACGCUGAAUGUUGCCAUCUCACCGUCCGUCUUGUCACCACCACGUCCCUCCCCACCUUUCCGCACAAGCGAGUCUCACGUCGUAGAUCAGGCCCGUCUCUUGUGCUGUCGUCGAGCUGUAGCGCAAUACGCAAGACAAGACGUGAGCAGUACAACCGGCGCGCACAGCCAACUCUGAACCGUAGCGAGUAGGGUCUUCGGCCUGCAACACUCGAUCGUACCGUCGUACAAAAGCUUCACCAUGUCCGCAUCCACACCAACCAAGUCGAAGCCGAAAACAAAAGCAGCCGAUUCGGUCGAGGCGCUGCUAUCUUCCUUGGAUGUUGGCGGCGAUGCUUCCAUGGACGGGUCCAAUGCAGCUGCAGGUGCCAAAUCGAGCUCCGGAUCAGGGGCUGCGGGCGCGGGUGGGGAUGCGCAGAGCUUGUUGGAUGAGAUGGACGAUUUGGUGCAGAGAAGAGGAGUUGGUAGUACCAGGAAGGCGUCUGCCCUGAGUGGAGGCGCUAGCACUGCUACAAGCUCCAACAACGCUAGCUCUCCUUUGGUAGCUCCGCCUGCUAGCGCACAGGCUGCUACACCAACAUCGGCGGCCACGUCUUUGUCAGGGCAGGAGCCUAUUCCUUCCACAGCUGCAUCCUCAGAGCAGUCUGCGGCAACUCCGAGCGCGAACGCGGGCGGCGGCGGAGGAUGGGGCUGGGGCAGCGUUUGGGGUCAAGCUACCAAGUUUGCGGAUCAAGCUAGAGCAGAGCUGGAGAAGAGGUCAGCUACUGUAAGCGCCGUCCCUGGCUCCUCCGAGUCAACAGAAGGUGCGAAGGGUAGGGGUGGGCUAGCUCUACCUAGUCUGCCUCAGCUGCCUGCUGCGACUCAGGAAGCUGCAAGGGAAUUGCAAUCUAGAGGCUGGGGCAUCGCUCAGGGUGUUAGAGGGUUUGUGAAGGAUGCCGGGCUCGAGAAGCUUGGCGAAGAUCUCACUGCUGCUUCCAGGAAAGGCUGGCUCGAAAUUAUCAAUGCUGUCGCCCCUCCCAUUUCCGAGCAUGAGGUCAUUCAAGUGACCCUCAGCCAUGACAUAAUUGGUUACGAUGGGAUCGCAGACGUGGUGUUCAAGGUGCUGCAGAGCGUGAUGGAAGCUCAAAUGGACAGAGGGACAGAGCAACAACUUGUUGUGAACAAGGCUCCAGAGCCUCGACCAUCAGGCGAAGCCAAAACGGUGGAGGAAUCGUCUUCGCUCAAGCAAGCCACAUCAGAUUCGAAUGAGAGGGACUUCAGAGCUGUGAUUGGUUGGGACCAAGCGAGAGAAAAGGCUGAGAACGCACUAGCCAAGACGAUCGCGUCACACUCCGCAGCUCCACCAGCCACAUCCAGCUUGACAGUGCCCAUCACGCACUGUCCAGUCUUUGUCCGCAUUCAGCCCGUAUUCGCACCUCUACCCAUCUUUCCCUCAACGUCCAACGCGAGCAUUUCCAAAGCCAAAUCUGUGACGUCGAAGGAGAACGCGGAACCUGAAGAGCAGCUGUGGUUCUUGCUUCUGCUGCAGGAUCCCGGAAAUGGGUGCAGGCAUACCACGGUGUCCCAGGCUGUACCAAGAAGCUGGCUCGAUGUGCCGUUCGAGGAGAAUGCGUGGGUCGAACAGUCGCUCGUCGACGUUCUUCAGAAUGCGCUGAGCGUGAUUGGGCAGGCCUAUGUUGUAGAGCGUCAGACUGGACGGUCAAGAACCGCUCAGGCUCUGCAAGGUGCGGAAGCCAAAACUCAAGCGGCCAGCAGCUGAUCGACCUGUCAAGCGCAGCGUCGCUUCACUGCUCUUGGCAACUUUCUACGCACCGUCGCUGGCUAUUGUUGUAGCCCAACGAGGCUGGGAUCGCAAUUUCUGAUGUGCUGGUCACCUCGAUGAUUUCUUUAUACCCAUCAGGUGGUCCGCCACAAAAUUACAAGCUCUUUCUUCUCGCUCCCAUGGUCCCAUAUAAUCUUUUGUACCUCGUUAGUCGACUCGACCAGUCCAUCGCGGACGAAGCAGCACGCAUGCGAUCAACCUUGUCAACAAAUUCAUCGAUCAAUGUCUCAUGCC